UGGCAACCUAACUGACUGGAAUGGGCUCGAACGAACCCCAUGGUCUGUGGAUAUAUAACCCACCCUGUCCUUUACCCGUUCUUGCAAUUUCUUUGGUUUUUAUUAUUGUCUCGUCAAACAGAUAGAUCUUCUGAAUCAAUUGCUGGUUUCGUUCUACAAUGGCUUUCAUAUUCCCCGUCCUGGUAGCCACGCUGGCCGCCGCAUCGCCACUCAGCUCCUUGGUCACCAAGCACAGCAUCGCCGAGGUGCCCCAGGGAUGGGAGCGCCAAGCCGAUGCGCCCGCUGAUCAUGGGCUCCAGCUUCACAUCCGUCUCCGCGAGGAAAACAUAGACCGUUUGCAGCAGCGCCUGCUCGAGGUCAGCAACCCCAAGCACGCUGACUACGGAAAGCACUUGUCCAAGGCCGAUGUUGACGCCUUGACUGCGCCUACACCCGCUGCCGUCGAUUCUGUCACCAAGUGGCUCUCUGCCAAUGGUGUUGUCGUCGGCAAGCCCCAGAGCGGCUACCUCAAGGUCUCCUUGACCGUCGCCCAGGCUAAGAAGCUCAUUGGUGCCGAUUACGGCAUCUACAAGCAGGCCGCCACUGGCCAGGAGACUGUCCGUGCUACCAGCUACAGUCUGCCCAAGGAGGUCUUCAGCGCCAUCUCUAUGAUCCAGCCUACCACCAUAUUUGCGGAUCUUGGAUCCAGCUUCCACCCCUACAUCGUUGAUGCGGAUGAGGAUGUUCCCAAGCGCCGCGCUACCAACGCCAAGUCCGAUGAUGUUUGCGCCAAUGGCUUCACCACCGACUGCCUUCGAUCCAACUACAACAUCAAGGGCUACAAUUCGACCGACUCUACCACAAUUGGCAUUGCUGGAUUCCUCGGCGAGGUUCCCAACCAGGGCAGUCUUUCCACGUACAUCAAGAAGUACCAGCCAUCUGUGCCUGCCGACACCACGAUCCCCAUCGUCUCCAUCAACAACGGACCUACGGACGGCCCCGGCGGUGGCGAGGCUGAUUUGGAUGUCCAGAUUGCUGUGCCUCUCACCUACCCCAUGAAGUCCGUCUACUACUCCACCGGCGGCUCGCCUCCCUGGCUCGGUACCGGCAACAACACCAACGAGCCGUACCUUGAAUGGUUGUCCUACAUGAUCAACCUCGACAACCCCCCUGAGACCGUCUCCAUUUCCUACGGUGACAUUGAGACCACUGUUCCUAACGACUACGCCGACUGUGUCUGCAGUCAGUUCAUGAAGCUCGGUGCUCGUGGUGUCACUAUCCUUGCUUCUUCUGGUGAUGAUGGUGUCGCAACCCACGAGGACUGCACCGGCGAUACCAUCAACAAGUUUGCCCCGUCUUUCCCUGCCUCUUGCCCCUGGGUUACCGUUGUCGGUGGCACCGAGCAUUACGGUGCUGAUGAAGCCGCCUAUGUUCUCGGCGGCAGCGGCUUCUCCAACCACUUCGCUGCCCCUAGCUACCAGCAGGAAGCUGUCAACCAGUACAUUGACCGCCUAGAUGGCCAGUUUGACGGACUCUACAACAAAACUGGCCGUGCUUACCCCGAUAUUGCCGCCUCCUUCACCCCCUACCCCAUCUUCAACCAGGGCAAGGCCAAGAGCAGUGGAGGAACUAGCGCGUCUACUCCUGCUGUCGCUUCCAUGAUUGCUCUCUUGAACGAUUACCUUGUCUCCAAUGGACAGUCCCCUCUUGGUUUCCUCAACCCCUGGUUGUACAGCUACGGCAAGGAGGGAUUCAGAGAUAUUGCCAAGGGCCACAACAACGCCUGCAUUAACCGCAAGGUUAAGCCCCGAGUCUAUGGCCAGCCUGCCCUCCCUGCCACUGAGGGUUGGGAUGCUGUCACCGGCUGGGGUGUUCCUGACUUUGCCAAGCUCCUGGAACUCUUGUAAAUAUUAGUUUGAAAAUGAUGGGGCGAUGCACUGUGUAAACUGCCCACAGCAAAUCUAUAUAUCUAGUUGAGAUUGUACAAUAGCAAGGCGCCGGAAAACUCAAUUCUAGCCACUUGAAAAUUCAAAAUCACAUCCAAGCAAGAUUGUGACCAUCAACGUCUCUCGGCGUGCACAAGUCGGUGUCUGUUAAGAAAUGCCCCCCAUUUUAUUAUUCUCUUUUUUUAAAAAAAAAUGAAUAUAUAUAUAUAUUAGCUCUGUAUUUAUUACCUUCGGUGGGUGUUUAUCUCACUGACGGCAAUAAUCCAUUCGGCU